UGCUAAUGCAACAUAAAAGUGCAAAGAAUCUUUUAGGCAGCAGCUUUAUAGCAACACCGUUCAUGAAUUCCUUUACCUCAAAGGUUGUCCACCCAAUUCACAAUCGAACUACUUGCUGUUUCAUACCUCCUUUAAUAGUCCCCGUUCGAUUCGGUCGCCAAAAGGGUUCGAUCGAAACGAGCCGGAUCGCUUCGGGAUGGAUAGUACAUCGUCAAAACCGGAGAUCAUGAUCAUGAAGCCUGUGUUUCUGAAGGCCGGAGUGCCUCUAGCUCUAUCCAUGGCGGGUUUCAUGUGCGCUAGGAUCAUGUGGAGAAGAAGCUGCAGCAUGCAAUCUAAAGCUUCUUCGUCGCAAGGCCAGGUGAAUUUGGACGACUCUGACGGUGAAGAUGGUGGAUAUGAUGAGCAUGAGACCUCUCUCAGCUUGAAUUCCUCGUGUACAGACUCGAUAGAAGACGAAGAGCGAUUGGCGGCGAAUCCACAAUCUUUGAUAGGAAGCUCCUUCCGAAUUUGGGAAGGAGAAGAGAUCUUAGCCCUGAGAAGCACGGUCAGGGACCUUCAGGAGAGAGAGCUGGAGCUGGAGAUGCAGUUUCUCCAGUACUGCAAUUUGAAGGAGCGAGAAUCGGUCUUGAUGGAGAUGGGACAAGCGUUGCGAUUGGGGAUGUCUCAGCUCGAGCUUCUGGACAGGGAGGUUUUGCACAUGGAAGAAGAGAACAAGCGGAUUGCCGACAUGGCCGCCGAAUAUUUCAAGGUCAUGGAGGAGCUUCGCCAUUGGAAGUCUAAGAAUGAGAGGCUUCUUAGAAUAGUGAGGAAGCUCCAGAGGAAAGUGAAGCAGCAGUCGAGGGUCUUGCGAGAGAAUGAUCUGAGGAUCAAAGAGAGAGAAGGGGAAAUAUUGAAGAUCCAGAGAGCUCUCGAAUCAAAGACGAACGAUGUCAAGAGAAUGGAGGGCGAGAUUGAUAGGCUAAGGGCCAUGUUGGAUCGAUCAGAGCGGGAGAAAAAUGAGCUUAUGAUUGAAUUGAGUUCAGCAAAAACAUCAGCUCCGCCACUCUCCGAGACCGGAGCAGAAGCAACAUCGACGGAAGACUGCAGUCGCCUGUUGAAGGAAAUAGAGCAGCUCCGGACAGAACGGGCAGCGGAAGAGAAGGAACUGAUUCACCUGAGAUGGAGCAACGCUUGCCUGAGGCAUGAAUUGACGAAGAACCCCCAUGUCCAUGAGCAGGAUAUGGCGAAGAGCCAUUCUUCUGAAUUGGCCCUCACGGUUUCGACUAAAAGUCAAGACUGCGACUACCUGGAUGAGCUGAAAAGGUCGAAUUCCGCAAAUGCCGGGUACUCCUCUCACGCAGGAACUGGCAAUCAUGGCCACUCGAAAAAGAUCAAGAUUCUGCACAAGCUCAAGAAAUGGGUGGAGGGGAAUGACAAGACGAACGCGAAAGAAGCGGAGAAAGUGAAGCACGAGAUCGGGUGCUUUACGAGGCAUUCGACUGCAGAUGAUGCAGAGGAGGAGCACACAGCCCAGGCAAGAAAAUCAGGUUCCAGCCCAUAAAUACGGCUGCGACCGAAGCGAGCAGGGCUGCCGAUCAUAAGUUGGUAAUCCAAUUCGCUAACACCAAACCAUAAUACUGAUUGUAUAAGGCCAUCCGCCGUUGUUUCACUUGAAUCGUCCUGCACUUAACUGUUAAUAAUGAGGCCGGUUUCAUCUCGCUGAUCUCGCACCACAUGAACAAGUAUUUUCUGAUGCUCGGAUCCGCCCUUAUAGUUUCUUUUCUAAUGAACAUAUAUAGUAGCUAGAUGGGCGUAGACGAUGCUAUAAUGCCAGGUGCAAAACACAAUUUGUGUUGAGAAAUAUAAAGAGAUUUUUGAUAGAUUUUCCUUAAAGACAUUGAGCUGUAUGUAGUUUGUAAAAUGACAAGAGGAACAUUGGAAU